ACCCCCUUAGCGACUUUUUUUUCAAAAAAGCGACUAGUGACAAUUCUAGCAACUUUUUGUGGUGUUAUUGAAAACUUGUUCUUACACUUCUCAACGAGCAGCAGGUGCCGCCGUGGGCCCCUCCUCCAUCUGAAAGCACUCACAGUCCGGUCCUCGCACAGCAGUUACUCCGAGCUGCAGUCAGAGCAGGAGAUGUUAACUCCUCCGCGUCCAGACUGAAAAAGAAUCGCGCAUGCGCUCCGCCAGAGUGUCUCUUUUGGAAGAACCUGACAGCUGCCAACAAGGAAAGACUGUUUAGUCCCCACCUCAUUCCAGCAGGAAGUAACAGUCGGCAGAAAGAAGGCAAAGCACUUGGAUUUUGGACAGAUUUGCUUCUUGAUUGUUAAGAAAAAGCGACCGCUGUGUCCCUAGAGGAUGUCCUGCUGUUUGCUACAGGAUGACAUUAGUUCCAUGGGUCGUCAUGCUGCUCUGUGUGAGCCUCCCAAGAGCACAGGGGCUCAUCUUCAGUGAAAUCUACGUGGUGAGUGAUGAACACAGUUCAGUGAAUCUGACCUGUCCCAUGGCAUUCUCUGGUCCUUUGACUUGGACCCACGGUGACCAGCCUUUGGAUUCAGACAACGCCCAGGUCCAAGGCCAUAACCUGAUACUAAACGACAUUUGGCAUGGAGAAUACAGCUGCUGGAAUGGCGAGAGGAAACUUGGAUCAGUCUAUCUACUUGAAGCGCUGAAAGAGGAUGGGGCGGGAGGAACAGAUUCUUCAAUCAGCUGUUGGGCCAAAUCUUAUGACUGCAUCAUUACCUGUAUCUGGACCAAUAGUGAAUUCAGCACUGUCCGACUUGGGCUGGGCCAUGCUUGUACUCAUGGACAGGAAAACUGCACUUGGGUGUACCCAGCAACCAACCUCCAAAAUAAAGGGUUUCAUUUUAACCUGUCCCACUCCCUUUCACCAUACACUGAGGAGAUCACUCCCCUUGUAGUCACUGCUGAGGCCAUCAAUGAGUUUAAAUACCUUAGGAAGACCAAGAGAUUCUACCUGCGUGACAUUGUCCAGCCCGACAGUCCUACAGUUGUGACGUGCCUAAUGAACGGUGAGAAUCUGGAGGUGAAAGUAGAACCACCAACCACCUGGAACUCUCCUCCCAGCUACUUCCCUCUGGAGCACCAGAUAGCAUACAUAUUAAAAGACAAUGGCGAGGAAAAGCACUCUAUGGAACUGCACAUCCCAAAAUAUGUCAGCAAGGUAAGGGUCCGUUCCAGAGACCCCUUGGUGCCUUCUGCCUGGAGCCAGUGGACUCCUUGGAAAAAUAUUAUCGGAGACAAGAAAGACAAGAGAAACAAAGGAAAAUACAUCAUUCGCUGCAACGCAGGAGGAAAAAAGGGGAACAAGACCAAAUCAAGACCUGCUAUGUCUGCGAAUCACUAAUGCACAACAUCAUCUGUUUUGACAUAGUGUUGGCCUACCCCAAGCGGGUAGAAAAUGUAUACUUAAUUGUGCUCCAAAUGUAUUUGAUACUUAGUAAACCUCAAAUAAACGUAUAUUUUAUAUA